CACUAAAUACAAAUCAACUGCAAAAAUGUAACUGUUAACAUAUAGGAGUAUAUGCCCUCCAUUGUGACAAUCUAUUGUACUUACUUUUCUAUACAUCACAUGCAAUGUUGUGUGUUAGCGGCAGCCAAUAGGAUGGCCCUGAAUGGACAUGUGACCUAGCAGAGGUCAAGUGAGCCUGCGUUCAAUAAAGACGUCUCGGUUCAAGUCAACCAGCCAUGAUGCGCCACUUUGUGUUAUUUGUAUAUUAAUAAUAUUCGGCCUAGCAUUGGGUAUGGACGCCGGAACCGUUGAGCGAACCAUCUCUGCCAACAGGUUAUGGGCCCAGAGUUACCCAGAGAGUUUCCAACGAGCUACCACCGAGAGAAAAGUCGCGACGUACCGCGUGUCCGUUGAGUUAGCAUACUAAGCUAGCGCCAUGAGCAGAAGAGCCUACGAGUCAAGUGGCCGUUGGUCACGGCUGGUUUUUGACGGAGAUGAAAGGAACUACGAACUGUGGGAGACGAAAUGUUUGGGCCAUCUCCGGCUACAAGGUUUAAAGGACAUUAUUCUAAACGAGCCAGCCGAUGGAGAUGAUGAUGAUGAAGAGGAAGAUAACAAUGCUGAGGCAUACGCGGAGCUGAUUCAGUUUCUCGAUGAUAAAAGUUGGUCGCUGGUAAUGAAGAGAUGCAGCGGACAAUGGCCGAGAAGCACUGAAGAUUUUGAGAGACAACUAUGCUGGAAAAGGAAAACCCAGGAGACCACUAUCACAGCAUUGAGAAACGCCGGUGAAACGUUAAGCGACGGACUGCUGGUGGCAAUGAUUUUGAAGGGCCCGCCAGAGUCUUAUGGACCGCUCGCUGUUGCUGUUGCUGUUACAGAGUGAUGCGAAGACGCCUUUUGUAGAGACGGUGCAAGAUUCAACAUCCAUGAGUAUAGCAGACUGUACUACUUACAUACAGUGAACGCCCCCUCCUUCACCUUCUUAGCGUCCCGGGUCGGGGGGGGGGUUGCUGGAGUGUCAGAGGCACCAGAAAAUGCAUUUGUUUUCGCGAGGGUUCCACUGACUGUGUGGGGGGCGGGAGAAGGGGUGUCAGGCAUGUCUCCCAGCAGCUGAUACUAGCUGCUCUAUAUAUAACCUCGGGCCCUGGUCCCCGCAUCAGAGCACACAGCCCCCUACAAAAAGCCACAUGCGUUUUACUUUCUGCAGCUAAGAGGAAUAGGAAAGUCAUUUCUGUCGUACUACUGCGCCAGAAUGAACAAGCCAAAAAUUGUCAGACCAGAGGAGAGCCAGCCAGCACAUGCGCUGUGGUUUGACAGAAAGAAAUACGUAACCAUUAACUUCAUGGUUCACAAACCUAAAGACGUCCAAGUUGAUAUCCAGCCGGAUAAAAUGAUUUUAUGCUGCAAAAAUGACUCGGACGACGUGAUCUACAAUGAACUGUACUUUUACGACAAAGUCCUGAUCAAUGACUCCAGAGAAAGAGUCUAUGACCGCACCAUCAAUGUCUUGCUAAGAAAGGUGAAGCCGGAUUAUUCAUGGCCUCAUCUCCAGAAGGAUCUGGCUAAGCCCAGCUGGAUUUCUGUGGACUUUGAUAACUGGAGGGACUGGGAGCACGAAGAAGACGAGGGAAAGGAGGAGUUUGACAGAUACAUGGAUAUGAUCCAAGAAAUGUCUGCCAGUAAUAAAGGAACAGCACCAGAUAUGGGGGAUCUCAGUGAUUCUGACUGAGCCCCCCCCCCCUACAUAAUGAUGACGACAGCGCUACGUUCGCUUAAGUUGAUCAUAUUUACAGGUGUUUUAAAAUGCUAUUGUCUGUGUUACUGUUUUUAUAGGUCACAUUUUCUAUGGAAUAAUUUAUUGACACAUUAUCGUCCACUGUCGCAGAUGUAUCAUUGUCGUUCUUAUCGUUAUGAUAUGUGGCACAUGUCUUUUACCAGUAAAUUAAAGGCUUUAUACAGGAUCAAAGGGGUGGACAUGGCAGAACAUGGCUGUUUGAUUCACUGACUCCAGAAGAUGGCAGUAAAUCAGCAAUAUGCUCCUUUCUUACACGUGUUUAACUAAUGUACUUUUUUUAUUUCAUCAACUUGUUUUACUUGCUUUUACAGAAGAUUCGUCUUCUAUGUGACUGUUGGUGAUAGGCAGUUAUGUGCAUGUUAAACAAAACUUUAUUAUUUAUGUAGCCCCAUGACAAGUCUGUUUCCUUAAGGUUUCACCUGUAAAACAUGUUCUGUUCUAGAAUACAAAUUUAGAAAUA